UUUAUGUCAGGUUUCCAUCAACUGCAAGCUUUUAAUUUAUUCGUCCUGAACAUGGUUUUGUUAAUGUUACAAUUGGUUUCCACUUGUUGUGGCUGGAGAUUCUUGAAUGUUCAAAAAUAAGGCAUUUCUGCUGCUGGGAGCUCCCCCCUCCUCUGCAUUAAAAUCUUUCCCACCUCCAUCCAACGGGUCCACGUUUCGCGGCGUGAGGCUCAGGAAUGAAUGAGGAGAGCUGAAAUCAAGGGGUAUCUCAUCCCCUCGCACUGACAGGUCAGAUGACAAUUAUUGAUGCAAACAAACGCAAGCAGAUGCUGCCUUUGCUCCGGGCGGCCGCGAUCAUGCCCCGGCCGGGCCGUGAGGAGACACCUAGGAAUCAGCGCCCUACAGCGUCGUCCCGGCCAGUAACCAGCUGAUGGGGAUGAUGUGAGUGGAAUGGACGAUGACUGCAAAAAAUGGGCACAAGUUUUAUGGAACUACCUUAAAUUGGAACAACCUCUUGUGAAGAGUGAUGUAAUUAUAGGUCUGGGCUGCCAUGAUACUCGAGUGGCUGAAAGAGCAGCGAAACUUUUUCUGGAAGAUUGGGCUCCACUGAUACUAUUUACAGGUUAUCUGGGAAACCAUACAGUAGGAGUAUGGAACCAGCCGGAGGCUGACAUUUUUGCCGAAACCGCAGUUAAGUUGGGAGUUCCCGUUGACAGGAUUCUACUGGAAAGAAAAGCCACCAAUACAGGCGAGAAUAUACGAUUUGCUUAUCAAACUCUGAAGGAAAAGGAUAUCCCAGUAAAAAGAAUUAUCCUCGUCCAACAACCAUUUAUGGAACGCCGUGUCUAUGCAACCUACCUUCGACAGUGGCCAGAAGACAAAGAGAAUGUGCAAGCCAUUGUCACAUCUCCGACCAUGGAACUUGAUGAAUACCCAAACAAGCAUGUGGGUAAUAUGGACAACUUAAUUGAGUACAUGUUGGCUGUUUUUGAACGCAUUCGAGAUUACCCAAAGCGGGGUUUUCAGGUGGAGCAGGAAAUUUUUCCAGAGGUUUGUGAAGCACAGCGGAAUCUCGUGCAAGCUGGUUACCGACCAAAAUAAAAUACAUCAUGAUGAAUCAUUGUAUCAUCUAAUCUUUUAAAUCAAUGGACAUUAUAACCUUCCUCCAGUAGAUUUUUGUUAAAAUUAAUUUUGUAUUGAAAUCGUACUUUUCCAGACUGAGUAAAGCUCCCAGAACUAUUCAACGAAAUUUGUCAAGCUUCCUUUCCGAGUUUGGCAUCAAACAAGUGGAUUGCAAAAACUGUGUACUUAAAGAACGUGUAAAUACAAAGAUUGUAUUUGGUGAAACUGCAGAGAGGAGUAUUUGCAAUAAUUAAAGUAAUAUGCUGUUACUAGUCCUGAAGAAGGGUCUCAGCUCGAAACAUUUGACUGUUUAUUUAUUUCCAUAGAUGCUGCCUUAUCUGUUGGGUUUCUCCAGCACUUUUUGUCUUGCAGAAUUUCUUGUGUUUAUUGCAACUAAUAGUUUGCAAGAGCACCACUGUCUGUAAGGAGUUUGUAUGUUCUCACUGUAACUGAAGGGUUUCCUGCAGGUGCCCUGGUUUCCUCCCACAUUUCCAAAGGUGUGCCGUUUGGAUUAGUAGAUUAACUGGUCAGGUGGGUUGAUCUGCACGGUGUGGGCUCAUUGGGCUGGAAACGUUUGUUACCGUGCUGUAUCUCUAAAUAAAUUAAAACAAACCCAGUAGAUUUAGGAAGUAAAGAAUACAAAAACAUCCUGUUCAUCUCAAAACAUUAAAGAAUCCACUAUUUACCAAUACAAUUGCUUAGCAUUUCAAACUGAAAUGCUGUCCACUUAAUAAUUAAGUACUCUUUGGAGUCAUAGAAAAGUACAGAAACAGGCCCUUUGGCCCAUCAAGGCCAUGCUGAACCAUUUAAACUGCCUUCUCCCAUCAACCUGCACUGGGACCUUAGCCUUCCUUUGCCCUAUCAUUCAUGUACGAUCCAAACUUUGCUCAAAUGUUGAAAUUGAGCUGGUGUGCACCACUUGCACUAGCAGCUCGUUCCAGUCUCAGCACCCUCUGAGUGAACAAGUUUCCCCUCAGAUUCCCCUGAAACUUUUCACCUUUCAUCCUUAACCCCUGACCUCUGGUUGUAGUCCCACCCGACCUCAGUGGAAAAGCCUGGCUGCAUUUCCCCUCUCUAUAUCCCUCAUAAUUUUGUACACCUCCAUCUAAUCCCCUCAAUCUUCUAUGUUCUAAACGAAUAAAAUCCUUUGUAAUGCUCAAAUCGACAAAUCAAAGCUCGUACAAUUAAAUAAAAUUUCUAUCACUAAGCAUGAAAUAUGUACUUUGAUUACUUGGCUUAAAUAGUUAGCUUUUUUUCCUGCGUCUGUCUAGCAGCUGUCUUAAAAAUUCCUUGAGUAGAAAUGAAAAGUGGAACAAAAACAAUGAUUUUCUGAAACAUGGUACAAGUGUAAAUCUUUUACUUUUUAGACAGAGAUAACUCUUCUGUAAGCUAUGCAAGUCAAAUUCAUGUUUAGAGAAAAUGUUAUUAUAUUAACGAUGCUGCUACAGGUUAUCCCAGGUAAUAUCCUCAGUGUUUAAGAUGACUUAUUGUGUGGCUGAUAUUAUGAGAAUAUGAUAAAAAUAUGACAAUAGACCCUCUGUUGAUUAGGGUUGACCAUGGUUUUUGCAUCCUGGCUGUCUACACAAGCCAGCGCGGCAGGAUAUCGAGAGCAAGCUGUUGCCUGUGCAUCAGGCUUCCCUCUCCUCACAGCUGAUGAAUCCAAAGAAACGGCAGAGGCCGAUAUAGUUUGGCACAGUGGGGUCACAGCAACUCAAUACAUAAGGGCAGGUAGACAUGGUCAAGAGGUUCAGUCAGUUGUGAAGACCAAACAUCAGAAUGGGGAAGAAAUGUGAUCUAAGUGACCUUGAUUGUGGAAAGGUUGUUGGUGCCAGAUGGGGUGGUUUGAGUAUUGGAAGCUGCUGAUCUCCUGGGAUUUUCAUGCACAUCAGUCUCUUAGAGUGGGGGUUCCCAACCUUUGUUUUAAUGCCAUAGGCCCCUGCCAUUAAUCGAAGGGCCCCCAGGAGUUUACAGAAGGUGGUGUGAAAAACAUCCAGUGAGCGGCAGUCCCGUGCACAAAAACACCUUGUUAAUUAGAAAGGUCAGAGGAGAAUGGGCAGACUGGUUCAAAGUGACAGGGAGAUGACAGUAAAUAAAUAACCAUGCAUCACAUGGUGGUGUACAGAAGAUCAUCUCUGAAUGCACAAAAAGUAGAACCUUGAAGUGGAUGGGCUACAGCAACAGAAGACCACAAAUGUAUACUCAGUAGUCACUUUAUUAGGUAGCUACAGGAGGUACCCAAUAAAAUGGCUACCGAGUGUAAGUUCUUGGUCCUUAAGAAUUAAAUAAUGUAAUUUUAAAUAUUCUGAUGAACCUUCACCUACCACCUCACCACUCACCAGCCCCCAGAACUUCCCCCAUAAUUCUCCAGAACUUCUGUCAUCUCCAACAGGAUCCCACCAGCAAUCACAUCUUUCCCUCCACAGCCUACAAAGUACCCAGGAUAUCUUUAGGGAGCGGUGUCGCGGAAAGACAGCAUCCAUUAUUAAGGACCUCCAGCACCCAGGGCAUGCCCUUUUCUCACUGUUACCAUCAGGUAGGAGAUACAGAAGCUUGAAGGCACACACUCAGUGAUUCAGGAACAGCUUCUUCCUCUCUGCCAUCCGAUUCCUAAAUGGACAUUGAAGCUUUGGACACUACCUCACUUUUUUAAAUAUACAGUAUUUCUGUUUCUUGCACAUUUUAAAAAAGCUAUUCAAUAUAUGUAAUUGAUUUACUUGUUUAUUAUUAUGUUUUAUUAUAUUUAUUUUUUCUCUCUCUCUGCUAGAUUAUGUAUUGCAUUAAACUGCUGCUGCUAAGUUAACAAAUUUCACAUCACAUGCCUGUGAUAAUAAAUCUGAUUCUGACAUGUCACCAUAUACUAUUCUGAGAUUCAUUUUUAUUUAUUUAUUGAGAUAAGCUCAGAACAGGCCCUUCGAGCCGC